AUGCCCAAACAAGCUAGUAUUCGUCGUGUUUGGCAGACGAUGAGCCUUAGCGGACCCUUACUACUCUCUGGAAUUGCAUCUAUCGUGAAGACAUAUCUGCUCAAAUCUAUCGGCGACAAGAAUGAUAUUACUCGUGAGUUCAAAUACCCACAAAUCUUGAAGGUUCAAAUUGAGAACUACAGCAUCCUUCUCGCAGCUCUAGCCCCAAUGAUCCGACUCUGCGUCUCCAUGGUAUCAAAGGACCACGACCGAAGCGGUGGCUACUGGUCACAUAGUGGAUCCAAAGGUACUCAUCCGGGCCUCGAACUUGGGUCACAACCUCAUACACAAAGCAAAGGGGCAGUACGCAUGUCUGCCUUUGAUGAUGAUGACGAUGACGAAGAAGAAAACAUCGGUGACAGAAAUGGCUGGAAUGGAGCCAGUGUACAGCGAACCCACCAGCGCGGAAAUUCACAUAAUAAGCCUACGGAUGGUGUAACGAUUCGGACCGACAUAGUUGUUCGCGUCUCCUCUGAACACUCGACCGAGAGACUUGUCGUCUGA